AUGGCUGCGAUUCUUCAGGGCGUUGGAAAAUUGGCCGCCACAGCUGGUUUUGUCGGUGUUGCAGUUAAUAGCUGCAUUUACAAUGUUGAUGCUGGAUGUAGAGGUGUUAUCUUCGAUCGAUUUAGAGGAGUGCUUCAGGAUGUCAAGCAAGAAGGCACUCAUUUGCUGAUUCCCUUCAUCCAAACUCCACACAUCUACGACGUGAAAACGAACCCAAAAAUGAUCCGAACCGCCACCGGUUCCAACGAUUUGCAGACAGUCAACGUUUCUCUUCGAAUUCUUUACCGACCGGAGCCGGCCAAAUUGCCUCAAAUCUAUUCCGAGCUUGGUUUGGACUACGAUGAGCGAGUUUUGCCUUCUAUUACUAAUGAAGUUUUAAAGGCUGUUAUUGCUCGAUAUAAUGCGGAAGAGCUGAUUACUAAACGUUAUACUGUCACUGAAGCUAUUACCAAACUCCUGACUGAACGAGCUGAUCAAUUCGGUAUUAUCCUUGACGAUGUUGCUCUUACCCACCUGACUUUCUCGAACGAGUUCACCUCCGCCGUCGAACAGAAACAGAUCGCUCAACAGAAAGCUGAAAUGGCUCGAUACAGAGUCGAAGAAGCUGAACAGCGAAAAUUGGCCGCCAUUAUUCGAGCGGAAGGUGAUGCUGAAGCUGCCAAGUUGGUUUCUGAUGCGAUGCAAAAAUCGGGCGAAGGCUUGAUCGAAAUGCGAAAGCUCGAAGCCGCAGAAGAGAUCUCGACGAACUUGUCCCGAAACCAGCGCGUCACCUACCUUCCAUCGGGCCAGAAUUCCCCUGGUCUCUUGCUGAACUUGCAGAGCUAA